UUUCUGUCAUUUUGAUUCGCUACAGAUCGUCUGUAUUUUUUUUUAAAAAAUAAGUCUUUCUUGUAUUCAAAUUUAUAAUAUGGACAGGGCACUUGAAUUUUAUAAUCGAAUAUAAAAUUAUUUGGUGAUGUUGCUUAUUCAUAAUUCUUUAUCUCGUAGAAAACACAUCGACCAUUAGGACGUCUACAUAAUUCUAUAUAAUCGAUCAUGUUUGUUCAACGCUUACCUAAAGAAAACAAAAUAAAUUUAAUAUAUUCGAAAAUAAAGUGUCGAGUUGAAUAUUUUAAUCUAAAAUGAUAAUUUUUAAAUAGAUUUAGAAAUGUCAUUUGGCAUGAGGAUAUUUUAAUUAAACUGAAUGAGGAAAUGGUUUAAUAAUGGUUUCUUAUGAAUCUUAAUAUCUUGACUAGAUGAGUGACAACUUGCUUCUAAAAGAAUUCAUUUCAUCUAUCAAACUCGUUAAUUUCUUACAACAUGGCAGCCUUUGGGAAAUAGAGGUUAGGAGAACAGCAGUCACUGAUAAUACUUACCAGAGAUUAUUACGUUGCCUAAACACAAAUAAUAUUCAAUAAAAAGAGAAUACGUAACAUUCGGAGUGAACCUAAAGGACCUAAGAGGAGUUGAAUAUUCAUUUGACGAAAAGCAAACAACUUGCAGAAAUUAAUCAGAUCGUCAUUGACAAAACUACGAAAGUGUUUUGUUUCUUGCGGAGAAAGGCUGUAAUUAUAAAGAUGGCCACUAGGAACGCAACUGUUCACGUGACUAUAAAAUGGCGACUCAUAUCUAAUUUAAUUCCCACAUGGAUGGAUUUUUUUAUAGAAUUACCUCCGAAAACCUCGUUGAACAUUGUUCACAUUUUAUGGAAUGGAUCGAUUGUCACGUAACGCUUUGUCAGGUACAGUCGCCAUUUUACUGUCUUGUUACAAAAAUAUUUUCGAAAUUCUCCUUGUAAUGACGCAAGUUGAGUUCCGUUUUGUUUUUAACGUUCAAUACGUUGGCCUUCAGGCAAUUUUUGCCGAGUAACGUGACCCACAGAUGAACCUCGCCCUACACCAAUAACAGCAGAACCCUCGAUUACGAACCGCAUUACAUUCCAAUGGCUGUUAUAAACCUCAUGCGUGUUUCCUGUCCAAGCUGUUGUGUUACAAAUCCAUUAUUUUACAUUCAGUAGUGUUUCGGAAGCCUAAAAUAAAUGUUGCUGCUCGUUAGGAAUUACUGUCCUCUGCAUUUCUAUUUACGUACCAGGAACAGCAUCAGUGCAAAUCGUUAUCAGAAUGACCGACAUUAUUAAGCCAAAGUGGCUGGACGAUUCCUUCCUUGAGAUAGCUUUGAGGUCAGGGGCAAACGGUUCAAGUAUGACAGUGACCUCUAGUGACGUGAUACGCGCAACCGUAGCAGGAGACAACUACGCCAGUGACAUAUACAGAGUCACUGUUCGCUUCACUCGGGAUGGACAGGCAGAUACCAUAUCGUUAAUCGUCAAGUCAGAGCCUACGAAAGAAGAAUUAUCUAAGAUGUUGUCCACGGCAAAUAUAUUUGAAAGAGAAAUCAAUGCUUUUGUAUCGGUUAUGCCAGCCGUCCAUCGUAUCUUAGACGACGCGUCGCCCGGAACAUUCCAGCCCUACACAGCCAAGUGUUUGUAUUAUCACAUUGGGCCCCCAUCGACUGUCAUUGUACUCGAAGAUCUGAAGGAACAGGGAUUCAGGAUGGCACAGAGAAGAGUCGGACUGGAUUUAGACCAUUGCCUGCUUGUGGUGAGGGCCAUAGCUCGGUGCCACGCGGCCUCCGCGGUUCUGAAUCGUGAAGAUCCAGAAAUGAUGAAGCCUUUUGUUAACGGCUGGUACGUUGAGAGCUGUCGCAAAGAACUGGAACCUCUAUUUUGCGGUAGCAUUCGGAAUGUGGCGAAACAAGUUGAGAAGUGGCAAGACAGUUACAGCCAUUUCGCCAGUAAGCUUUACAAACUAGCUGAUAAAGCUGUUGACUGCUUGAUUAAAGAUUCAGCAAGGAAAGAUGGCGAUUUCAAUGUCUUUAUCCACGGCGAUCUCUGGCUGAACAACAUCAUGUUCCGGUAUUCUGAUAUUACGGGCGAAGUUGAAGACAUAAGGUUCGUUGAUUAUCAGGUGUGCCAAUUUACUGAUCCCGCUCAAGAUCUGCAAUAUUUCCUGUUCACGAGUCCCUCCACGAACCUGCUAGACAAACACAGCUUCCUCGUCGAAGAGUAUCACAAGACGCUGGAAGAUACUUUAACUCUGCUCGGACACGGCCACCUGUGUCCAUCGCUGAAUCAACUACACAAGCAGUUAGACAGGAAAGGAUGCUUUGCCGUCAUCACGGCUUGUUCGAUAUUGCCCAUUAUUCUUGCAGAUCCAAAUAGCAUUCCAGAUAUCGAGAAGGUCCUGAAGGACGAGGCUUCGACUCAUUUCAGUGAAGAAUACAAAGAAACAAUCAGGAAACUUUUGCCUAUCUUUGAAAGAAAGGGCUGGUUGGACCCCAGUCUGUCAUGACGGAUCCUUCCAUCAUAUCGUAACACAACUGAUUUUACACUAUCGUAAUGUUACUGUAUUUAAAUCAGGCAAGAUGGUGGUUAUACAGUUACGUAAUAAAAAUAAUUGUCAUGUGUUGGUAGAAAUAAAUUCAGAGGCACUUAAUUCCUCGAAGAUUUAGA